AUGCCCUCUACCACAUUCGACAAAUUUUGGCGGACAGAUCUCACUCGCGAAUGCUUCCUAUCGUCUGUCCGAAAGGAUGAUCUACGGUCACUACGACUCGCCUGCAAGGUUCUUGCAGACGAUGUUGCCCCAGCUCUCUUCAAAAACCUGGAGAUCCGCUUCAGUGCCAACACCUUCUCGCGCAGGGCGCGUAGGUGUGCAUUGUCUCGGAUUGGCCCGCAUGUUCGACAUCUGUCCUUCACCAUGCCUCACAGUACUGAAACCUUCCUACCUCCACUACUCAUCCCGGGCACUCUGGACGAAGUCACAUUUCUAUACGAACCGAGAGUCGAUAACUCAAGGCCGCACUCUUCCUCCAGCUCAUCAUCUUCAUCAUCGACAUCCAAAUAUGGUUCCUGGGAAAUGAAUGACCUCUUGGUCAGGCAAUAUCCACCCCUGUUCCACGCCGCUACGAAUGUGGAUGCGUUUUCCCAAGCAAUCAGUGCUAUGCCUGGAUUACGGCAUCUUCAUGUCUCUUGUCCAGGUCAGCUUGCAGGUCAACGAUACCGCAAAGAUGUGGUUGACUACGCACUGAUCUCACUAAGGUUGGCGAUUGAAGCUGCCAACCCCAGUCAGCUCGAAACGCUCACGCUGGCGCCAAUUCAUCCUUCGGCGAUAUUCUACCUUCGUCCCCAGCUCAGCAUAGGGUCGUUACCAUCGUCGGCACGAGUAUGGAGGCGCAUCAAGUCUCUCAACAUCGAAAUGGAUAGUUUCCGGUAUGGUCGAGACCAGCCCUCAGACCACCUGAAGAUCCUCCACAGUUACCUCCAGACAUUGCAGAGUCUUGAGAACUUCACGUUUCAGUGGCUCGGUGAAAAGGGUCCGUGUCCGCUCUCGCUUCACACGGAGCCAUGCACAUCGCGCCCGACCUCCCUUGAUUGUUCACAAGCUUGCCCGGACUCCAGCACAAAAUCACCUUGCAGACCUCUGAAGUUUCGGCGCCUACGGGCCAUGCAUCUCAGCAAUGCUACUUUCGAUGCCGACCAGGCGUCUGCCUUUAUCAUGUCUCACCGGAAGGUGCUGCAUGAAUUCCAGUUUGAUCGAUGCCACCUGAGGUCAGGGACCUGGGAUGACGCUUUGGCUCCAUUGACUCGCAUCGGUAAAGACGGCUGGAAACAGAAACAGGAAGAAGUCAUGGAUGUGCCGAUAAUGCUUAGCCCAGCGGACGAGAAGAGUGAACUGGAAUGUGUUCAAGAAAACUUGUGGGACGACGUUUUCCGCAAGAGCAAGGGCAUCCAGGCUCUUCGAAAGAUGAGUCUGAAAACGAAAGAACUGGUCCCAGAACAAGUGAGACGGCUGCUAAGAAAUGCAAGAGUUGCGUGGACUUGA